AUGCGACCCUUCAAGGCCAUCGCUGCCGCGGCAGACGUAUGGUUCCGGACUCCUCUAAACUUCUUUCGCCAGGCUGAGGCUGCCUCAGGAACUUGGGAGCGCUUGGACAAGGCUGCCGAGCAGCAAGCCAUAUAUGACGCCUAUUUGGACGAGGACGAGAGUACGCCAUCCGACGCUGAGAAAGAAUUCGCGCUGGCAGUGAUGGAGGCGACCUUCGCGAUUGCCGAGGACGCGGCAACGCGAACCGCCGUUUUCGGCCCUCUCAUGGGAUAUGAACCAGAAAUGGCUAGCAAAGUGUCCCGUCUCAAAACUGCAAAAAACACCGGACCCGCACAGUGCGCCCUGUUAAUGGACGUCGCCCGAAGCAAGGUCUCUGUCGCUUCACGCAGCUGCGCAUCCGAAAGCAGAAUCGCCUAUGAUCGUCUGAUCCAAAUCCAGCACCUACGAUUACAGCUUUUGGUAGCCAAGAACGAGUUACGCAAGGCGAACAGAAAACUCGAAACCCAAAAGCCUAAGACGUGGUUGGAGAACCUUGUGCCCCGAUGGGAGCCCUGGAGCUACAAGUGGACCAGAAACACCGAUCUUGAGAAACGGGAGUGCGACCACCCUCGUCUCCAGCAGGCGGCCUUGCACGGGCCUGUCACUAGGCUCAACCCCUAUUUGUGGCAUCUCGUCCGGCGCGCGUCUACGCCAGCGGUCAGCAGGAGCUUGAGUCAAAGUCUAGGUGGAUCGGGCGGCUCUCAGUCCUCUACCGGCAGCGCCAUACUCGUCGGUCCCUCCCCCCUUUUUUCGCAGUUGAGCGAGUCGGGCAGCGUUCUCGCACCGACUGGCGUGAAGCGCAAAGCGUCGAAUGAUCCUGAUGCUCAUCAAGUUGCCGGUCCUUCAGGGAACAGUGCGCCUAACAAGCACACUCGAACCUCGCGAAGUACAGGUCUUCCUGAGUCUUCGACGACUUACAUGCUCUCUCUGCGCCCGGGACUCGCUCCGCCUUCUUCGGAUCACGGCACGAACGCACCGCAGACCAAGGUCAAUGCUUCCGCCGCGUCCUCCACGCCAGCUCCUGUCGUCACUUCCACCUCUUCUGCUCCCGUCUUUAGUCCGAGGGAGAUCAUCGCUACCACCGUUCUUGCUCCUGUCGUCAGUUCGAACGACGACGUUGCUUUCACCGAUCCUGGUCCUGUUGUCAGUCCGGGCGACAACGUACCUUGA